GUCGACGGCUCCCGGGCGCACGCGCCGGCACGUUGCCCGACACGCGUCCCUGGCUGGCAUGGCACGGUUUCCCUCCCCCCUCCACCUCCACCUCCCCUUCCUUCACCAGGGCAGCCAGCAAUUGCUGAUCCCUGAUCAAGUACCAAGGGGGCGGCGGGCCGGCGGCGUCCAGCCCCAUGGACCUCCAAGUGGAUUCCAUCCAAUUGUGCCCGUGUGUUAGGCCCAGGUGGACGCCUUGCAAAACCGCCCUGCUGCUCCUUAUUACACAUUGGCCUUGCAUUUGCAGUACCUACAGUACCAUACGGGCAUGUACGGCGUACGAGGUGGAAAAGGGUACCUACUACCUACCUGCCUCGCCUUCCCUGGGGGCGGAUGCAAAGCCGUGCGUGUGUCGUCGUCGUCAUUAUCAUUCUCAAGGGCACAUUUUGAACCUUUUCCUUCCUUCCCUCCAUCUUUUCCCUCCUUUCAAUCCAUUCGUUCAUCCAGCUAUCCUGCCAUUCGAUCCCAAUUCGUCCAGGGCCGACGGGUUAUAAGAUCGCGCCUUGCCCCUGGAUUCCAUCCUCCCACCCCCUUCGGGAUCUGGAGCUCCCCUCUCACCCCCAAUUCCGGACCGCAGCAGCGAGAAAGAGGAAGAAAAAACAACCUGCAAGUCAGGCUAGGCUAGGAAUCACCCUGAAGCCAAGGCCACGACCGCCUGGGGCCCCCCCAGCCAGGCCAAUUCGUCAAUUGCUCCACGCCCGCGUUCGCUGGUCACCCCGUCCACUGUCGCCGAGCGGGAAGGGCCAGCUUGCUAGGAGAGCUUUGCCAGAGCAGUGAAUUCCGGCCAGGUAGGCGGCGACGGGAUAGAAGGGGGCUGACCCCCCCGUUCCCGCUUCGGGCGUUGGCGCGCGCACGCGCAGCCGCGCAGCAGCAGCCAGCAGCAGCAACAGCAGCAGCAGCAGAGCCCCUGCCCUUCAGUCCAAUCCCAUGCCGCCAUUGAACAACCGAGGGGGCGCGACAAUCACAGUCUUGCAAAAUUCGGAGCCCGUUGUCAGCCCGCUGAGCUCUCUGUCUAUUUGCGGCCCGCCGCUCGUCUUCGUCGUCAUGGAAGCCCUCUCGACGGCCAUCCGGCCCCUCGCGCAGCCCAUCACGCGCAACCUCCCCGCCCCCGUGCGCGACCUCGGCGUCUCCAUCAUCGGCGAGCGCUGCUACGAGACCUUGCUGCUCGACGUCCGCCUCGAUCAUCCCGAGUGCCUCAAGUUCGCCGUCAGCAAGGCCCUCGGCAUCGGCAUCAUCGCCGCCUCCUCCGUCGUCAAGGUGCCCCAGAUCCUGAAGCUCGUCAACUCGCGCUCCGCCGAAGGCGUCUCCUUCCUCGCAUACCUCCUCGAGACGAGCGCCUAUCUCAUUACCCUCGCCUACAACGUCCGCAACGGGUUCCCGUUCAGCACCUUUGGCGAGACGGCCCUCAUCCUCGGCCAGAAUGUGGUCAUCUCCGUCCUCGUGCUCAACUACACCGGCCACGUCUCCACAGCUGCGGUCCUGGUCGCCGCCCUCAUCGGCGCUGCCGGCGCGCUCUUCUCCACGAGCCUGCUCGACAUGCGCGCGCUGAGCGUUCUGCAGGCCGGCGCGGGCCUGCUUGGCGUCGCCAGCAAGCUGCCCCAGAUCCUGGCCAUUUACCAGCAGGGUGGCACCGGCCAGCUGAGCGCCUUUGCUGUCUUCAACUACCUCGCCGGCUCCCUGUCGCGCAUAUUCACCACCCUGCAAGAGGUCGACGACAAGCUCAUUCUGUACGGCUUUGUGUCGGGCUUCAUCCUCAACGCGGUCCUCGCGCUGCAGAUGAUCUACUACUGGGACGCGCCUUCGGAGAAGGCAAAGGGUAAGCGCAAGGAGCCGCCGAUCCGGGAGAAGGCCGCGCACUCGGCGACGACGACGUCGACCAAGAGCCCGACCACGCGACGCCGCGGUUAGGUGCUUGGCGCUGCUGUAUGCGUCUUUGAGCUGCAGUGAUUUUGUAGAGUACCAAUUGUCUAGGACUUUUAAUGCAUGCGGGUGGGCUCAGAUAGAAUUACGCUCAGACGGCCUCGCGGAGAAGUAAUGGACAGACUCAAGCUCGCUCGGUGGUUCGUGUGUUGUAAACUUCGAUUUUUUUUUUGGUACAUACUACCUAGGUACCUAAGCAGCAGCCUUGCUGACAGGUACUAAGGUAAUUGGGAACCGCAUGUUAAUCCCA